CAUUCGAGAUCAGUUGGCAGCUCCGUUCGAAUAACGGCGCUAUUCGCGUUUUUCUGAUUCGCCUUUCGCUUUUUCUUCGCUUUGCGAAUCUAAUUUUUCAUUUUCUUUUCCGCGCCAAAACAAAAAGCGGACUCGUAAAAUGUGUGACGCAGCGAAUCCAGCGAAGCCUUGGCAGCUUUCCGGAAUGGCCUACGGCAACGGGGUCUCGGCGCUGUGUCUGCUUCACCAGGAGAUCGACCAGUUCUACAACUACAUCCAGUCCACGCCCACCGAGUUCUACUUGCGCGCGGAGGCAGUGCGUCGCAUCGAGGAUGUGGUUCUCUCCAUCUGGCCAGGCGCAUGCGUGGAGGUCUUUGGCUCAUUUCGGACUGGUCUGAACCUGCCCGACUCGGACAUCGACCUGGUGGUGCACCACGGCUACUACUGGAACCCCGGACUGCUGCAUGAGCUCCAAAGUGAGCUAGUUAGUCAGGGGGUCACGGAUCCGGAAACCGUGAGUGUCCUCGACAAGGCCUCCGUGCCGGUGGUCAAGUUCACGGAGCGCAUAUCCCGAAUCAAGUUCGAUGUGACCUUCAAUGCGGGCGCAUCGGGCGUCCAGGCCGCCGAGCUGAUCAAGGACUUCAUUCGCCAGUUCCCCGAGCUGCCCAAGCUGGUCAUGGUGCUCAAGCAGUAUCUCAGCCUCCAAGGACUGAAUGAGGUCUACAGUUGCGGCGGGGUCUCGUCCUACGCCCUCACCCUCAUGGUCAUCAGCUUCCUGCAGCAGCAGGCGCGUAUCGGUAAGCGCUAUAAUGCCAACAACAAGCUGGGCCUGCUGCUCCUCCAGUUUCUGGACUACUAUGGCCGCAAGUUCGACUUCUUCAAGUACGGCAUUUCGGUUCUUGGUGACGGCGGCUGCGUGGAGAAGGAGCGACUUCGCUCCUCGCUGGGCGAAAACAACUGGUCGGUGCUCAGCAUCGAGGAUCCGGUGACGCCCACGAACGACAUCGGAAGGAGCUCCUAUGCGGCGCUGCAUGUGAUGCAAGGAUUCGAGGCCGCCUUCAUGAAGCUCUCCAAGUUGGUGGACUCCGACUCGGCCAAAAUCGUGGGACCCAUUCUGGCCAACAUGGUGGAAGUGCCGCAGUCCAUGGUCAACUACCGGGCUUGGGUGCAGUACAACUUCCAGCACUUGGUGGGGCCCACUUCCUCUAGUCCCAAUCCCGUUGGACAACCGGCGCUCACCGGCUCCUCCACGUCCUCCGCCUCCGAGGACGAGCGCUCGGAUGGCCACCUGACUGUUCGGAACGGAUUUCGCCGAUGCGGCGAUGGUCCGCCCCAGAACCUAGACUUAGAAGCUAACUUGUCCAACCUUAAGUUGAAUUAAGUACGUUGGCGAUUAUGCUACUGGUGAUUUUACUAUUACAAAAUAUCAUAUAACAAUUUAUUUGCAUACCUAUUAUGCUCGGCAUAUGAAAACUAAAAAAAAAAUCAAUUAUAGGCUAUGUAUCGCAUUUUUUAUUUAUUAAUUAACAAUUAACUUUUAAAUUUAAAAAGGAAACAUGUUUUCGAAUGCAUAAUGACACCUGCCAAUGUAGUUGAGUAACUAAACACUUUCCAAAUAGCGAAAGAGAAAUGUAAUGCCUAAUUGUACUUGUGACAUAUUAUAAAUAAAAUACAACUUAAGCCGCAA